CAAGCAAGGACUCAUCAACAAUCACGUGUCUCAGGAUCUCAAAUAAUGGAGAUCCUGAAAAAUAUUUCUUCGAGUUUUUGGUCUCCUGACAUUUGGUUACCACCAAAUAUAACGUGGGACGAUAUUAAUCCUAAUUCGGAAAACAAGUAUGCGGAUUCUCAUCACCUUUUAUAUCCAUUGCCGAUGGCCCUUGGACUACUCGUCGUCAGAUAUUGUCUAGAGAGAUUUUGCUUCGCUCCGUUUGGCAAAUCCCUGGGUAUUAAAACAUCGAGGACGAAAAAAGCCACGCCAAAUGCGCUCCUAGAAAAGGCUUACAGCAAGAAGAUAAAGCACAAGCAGAUAACGGCUUUAGCUAAACAAUUAGACUGGUCUGAGAGACAAGUUGAAAGGUGGCUAAGAUUAAGGCGGUCUCAAGAUAAACCUUCCACUUUGACUAAAUUCUGUGAGAAUUGCUUCAGAUGCCUUUACUACUCUUUAAUAUUUAUCUACGGCCUAGUCGUCCUUUGGGACAAGCCUUGGCUCUGGGACAUAAAAAACUGCUACUACGGUUACCCGUAUCACGCGGUAACGGAUGACAUUUGGUGGUACUAUAUGAUCUCCAUAUCGUUCUACUGCUCGCUGAGCAUAUCUCAAUUUUUCGAUGUUAAAAGAAAAGAUUUCUGGCAAAUGUUUAUCCAUCACAAAGCUACCAUUAUCCUUAUGAGCUUCUCCUGGGUUGGAAAUCUCACAAGAAUUGGUUCCCUUGUACUACUUGUACACGAUUGCGCUGAUAUCUUCUUAGAAGCUGCUAAAAUGGCUAAAUAUGCUAAUUAUCAAAAAACCUGUGACGCUAUUUUUGGAAUUUUUACUAUUUUGUGGUUGAUAACACGAAUGGUUAUCUAUCCGUUGUGGAUUAUUUACAGUACGUCAAUAUCAGCACCAAAAAUAGUACCAAUGUUCCCAGCAUAUUAUAUAUUUAACUCAUUAUUAAUACUACUGUUUGUUCUCCAUACUUUUUGGACUUACUUGAUUUUAAAAAUUGCCUACAAUGCAUUCAACGCCGGCCAGAUGGAGGGCGAUAUCCGCAGUAGCAGCAGUGAAGAGGUUUCUGACGACAAUCUAGCGAACGAUCAACCGAACAAUUCAAGUAAUCACUUGAAAUCUGAAAAACAGCACUAA